UGUAACUAAUUGUCACCGCGAUGUUUUGCAGAUGUUCGCAAAUCAGCGGUGCGCAAGGCUGGAAGGGGGAUGCCAAGUUCAGUCUACUUUUUCCAUGUUAGCAGAACAACUUUCAGAGGACAUUUUUUUGUAAUAGCAGCAUGGUGGCUUGUUCAAUCCGGCAUAGAUGUGUACCAAUUCUUUUCUCAUGUGUUUAAAGAAGAUAACGAUAGAGUUGAAAGAGCUGAGCAACUUCAACUUCAACUUCUUGUAAAGAAGGUUUAUGGUAAUACUCUCAAGGGUGUUGCAUCACUUGUUUUUGCUUCUAUUGGAGCAGGGAUCGGUGCAACCCUGUUUCACCCCUCUGCUGGUCAGUGGAUUGGCUGUACUGUUGGAGAUCUUGCAGGGCCUGUUAUUCUAUCUUUCUGUUCAGAGAAAUUUUUCCGUGCGAACUUUUAGAGCAGCGGCUGAGACUUUCUUUGGGAUCUGAUAAAAAACAAGGUUGACUUGACUGAUUCUUAAGAUCUUGCUAAUGUAUAAUGCAGAAGUUAUUCAAAAUCUAGUUUCGAGAAUUUAACACCUACUACCAGUCCUCAAGUUUUGCUUUCU